AUGGCGGUCAUAACUCAUUUCGCGCGGGGGGCAGCAUUUCGCGCGGGGGGCAGCAACCUCUUACCAGACGCCGUACGUCGGUGGAGGGACAAUGCACGAGAGCGUGUCAUAGACUUAUGGGAGGAACGGCUGCAAGAGCCGCAAGCGAGUGUCAACCUAGUACUGGCCAUCCGCCCAGUGCUAAGGGACUGGAUCAGCAGAGAGACCGGCGCCCUCUCCUUCCGACUGACACAGGUACUGACCGGGCACGGAUGCUUCGGUCGGUACCUUUGCGAGAUCGUUGGAAGAGAGGAAACAACAAGCUGCCAUCACUGCGACGCGGAUAGGGACACGGCUGAGCAUACCCUGACGGCCUGUCCCUCCUGGAGUGGACAACGGACGGCCCUCAGGGCUGUCAUUGGCAAUGACAUCUCACUGCCAGCACUGAUCCGCUCGAUGCUGUGCGGUGAGGAGGAGUGGAGGGCGGUCGAACACUUCGCAGAGGAGGUGAUGACUGCCAAGGAAGAGGCCGAGCGCACGAGAGAAAGGGAGGCGCUCGACUCUAGAAGACGGCCCAGGCGGAGACGUCGCGCCCACAACGGCGUGACCUCAGGGUGA